UCUUGGAUCGCUGCUGCUAUUGCACUUCUUCUCCGGCACAUAUAUAUUCAUAGAGGGAAUAUUGGCAAAGAAAAACGGGCGUACUUGUAAUCUGCUGUGUAAUCUUUUGCAGAACAGUGUGUUUAGUUUUUUUACCUGAAAAAUAGUGCAGUGAUCGCAUGCACCGUGUCCACAUUUACUUUGACAGAUUUUACCCCCGAGCAGUGUAAACAAACAUUACUCAUCAACGCGGAUGCGACUGCUACGCAGAUGAUAAAAAACUUGAAAUAAGCGACUAUAAAAGUGAGCUCUAGAUUUUGCGAAAAAUGGCAGCUGAAAUAAAACCCGCACCAGGUGUCAAUCAAGACAAAUUCAGCAGCAACAGAAAGCCAAUACUGCUACACAAGUUGGAAGGAUGCAACGAUGAUAUCAACGACGCAUGCAUCAUACCUGGAGUCGAGGGUGUUAUCAGUAUUUGUGAUGACAGAACUGUACGAAUAUGGUUAAAACGUGACUCUGGACAAUAUUGGAUCAGUGUAUGUAGUGAUAUGGGUGCUAAUGUAACAGCCAUGACUUACUGUGCUAAUAAUCGACAUCUGUUUGCUGGCCUUGAGAAUGGCACUAUCAAAGAAUUUGUUGUUGAAAGUGACUUCAACCGUAUGACCUUAGUAAGAGAAUAUGCAGCAGCUCAUACAGGACGAGUAACUGGCCUGAUAUUUUCAGAAGAAGAUGAAUGGAUAAUCAGCAUUGGUAGAGACAAAGUCUUCCAGUACCACAGUACUGAAAAUGGAAAAAGAAUUGGAUGCUGGUUAACUGAAGCAUGGUAUACAGCAUUACAGUAUGAUCAUGCAUCAAAGUACGCUUUUACUGGUGAUUAUUCUGGACAAAUCCAAAUGUUUCAUCUUCAAAAUCCUAGUUGUACUUUAGUAACAACAUUAAAAACUCAUACUGGAAGUAUACGCUCUUUAGCUUGGGACAGCGACAAACAAUUGUUGUUUUCGGGUAGUUUUGAUCAAAGUAUCAUUGUAUGGGAUAUUGGUGGUCGCCAAGGAACUGCUUAUGAACUACAAGGUCAUCAUAACAAAGUAACAGCACUUUGCUACACUAGUACAGAACGUUUGCUAUUUUCUGGUGGAGAAGAUGGAGUUAUUGUUUGUUGGGAUAUGGCAGCAAAUAGAAAAGAAACAGCGAAAUGGAUUGAGUCAAACAUAUGCCAAGCUUGCAGUAGACCAUUCUUUUGGAAUAUAAAAUCUAUGAUAGACCAACGUCAAUUAGGGCUUAGACAACACCACUGCCGUUAUUGUGGCCAAGCUUUGUGUGCUAAUUGCUCAUCUCAGCGCAUUCCUAUUCCAUCCAUGGGUUUUGAAUUUGAAGUAAGAGUUUGCGAUGCUUGCCAUGUCCAAUUAAAAGCAGCCAAUCAAACACCAUUAGCAUCAUUUCAUGAUGCUAAACAUAGCAUUGUAGCCAUGGACUUGGAUGUUUCCAAAAAAAGGCUGUUAACAGUUGGUCAAGACAGAGUGAUUAAAAUCUGGGAUGUAACUGCCUUGCUUCAGUAAAAUGACAAGGUAUUUUUCUUGAAAAGUUUUAGGAAAAAAAUCAAGAUACUCAAAGCCUUUUUGGUAACAAAUUACUGCAUUAAAUUGCAUAGAUUAUUUUUAUUAUUUUUAAUGGAGUUUAAAAUGCGCUUGUUCUAAAAAAAAAAA